AUGGUCAACCAACCAAACGUGACAAGAGCCGCAACCGCCGCAGCGAAGAAGUCGAAAUCCUCUUUGAGUGGUCGAGACGCGACUGAAGUACAUAGGUUGUUAGUACCGUUGCCGGUAGUCAGCGAGGAAGGUACAGCAGAUAAAGAUACGGUUCUGGGAGACGUACCCGUUGAAAUCCGUGAGGAUCCUUUGGUGUUCGAUGAUGAGGAAGAUAACACGAGUGGAAAGGACAAGCAAGAUGCUGCUGAACCAGACUUCAUAGAGUUCAUGAAAGCCGUUCCAGAUGUUGGAAAGACUCCAAUCGAUCCAAUAUCAGUAUUGUUGGAGCAAGCUUUGGCCGCCCAAGUAUCGGGAAAUACAGUUAUGGCGAAUGUUUUUCUAAAAGCUAUUCGCGAAUUGGAUCCUAAGAAGCAACAGAACACUCAACAGCGACUCGAACGGACACAACCAAUCUCAUACGAGAAGCAAGGAAAACAAGAUGACACCGGUACUGGACUAUUACGAGUCAGCGCCAGCGUGGUUGAAAUCCGCGAUAGCACUCACCAUCGUUUACCUCUCCUACCGGAUUUGGUCAAGAAUCCUGAGAACUCGCAGGGAGUAAAAUCGAAGCAACUCACGUCACCCUCGGACCCACUAGAUUGUCCUCCUGAGAAACUCCACCCACGCCUGACAACACACUCCAAACCAUCAAGCCAUACCUUCGAUCAUUCAAACCAAACCCAUCAAACAACUACGCGGACUCAUGAACCCAACAAGCAAGAUCGACACACACCUGCACCCUCAUCACUCAAACCAGAUCAUGCGGCCAGGAAAACCAAGUCGAACAAGCCUUUGAUCGACAAGUCCAAUCAGAAGCGUGUGGCACCCAUCUCGAGCGAUGGAUCUGACUCUGAGCACUCAGAAACCGAGCCAGAGCGGUCGGCCUCGAGGAAUCGAAAGAAGAAGGCAAGGACUCAACACGAUCGACCCAACCCAGCUACCGCCUCACUGCACCUGAACCGGGAGUUGGCUAGUAUUGAAUCUUCUACUGCUACUACUACCAACGAUCAAUCCAAUGGAACAAAUCCUAACGGCUUCAAGGAUGUUCAACGUAAGAAGCGGAUUCUAUCAGACUGCGUCAGCGAAGUGGAUGCAGAUCAAGCGAUGAGAAUCAAGAAGGAGUUGUACAUCAUUGCUGAUGAUGGCCGAAGAAAGAAACUCGUCAAGAUUCGUCUAGGAUCGCCAGAGGUCUGUUGUCAGCCGACUCGCAAGAAGAGAAUAACGUUGAACAACGAUGGGUGA